AUGGCUGCUACAACUGGUGCUGUUCUAAAUGCGUUAUGCUCAUCGUUUCUUUCUGGAGGAAAGAGGAACCAAGCUCUUUUGGGUGCCAAGGUCUCCCCCUCCCCUGCCGGCGGAGCUGGGAAGUUUGCCGUUCUGGCAGUCGCCGCCGCACCUAAAAAGUCUUGGAUCCCCGCCGUCAAAGUUGGUGGCAACUUCAUUGACCCGAAUGGCUCGAUGGAUUGUAUUUUCUCCUUUUUUUUUUUUCAGGCUCCAGAUUACGGAUUCGACCCACUUGGUCUCGGCAAGGACCCAGCAUUCCUCAAAUGGUACCGAGAAGCCGAGCUGAUCCACGGACGUUGGGCCAUGGCCGCCGUCCUCGGAAUCUUCAUCGGCCAAGCCUGGAGUGGCAUUCCAUGGUUCGAAGCCGGAGGUGACCCGGCUGCCAUAGCCCCAUUCUCCUUCGGUUCACUCCUCGGAACCCAACUCAUCCUCAUGGGUUGGGUCGAAAGCAAGCGUUGGGUUGAUUUUUUUAACCCCGAAUCACAAUCCGUGGAAUGGGCGACACCGUGGUCUCAGACCGCCGAGAACUUCGCCAACGCCACCGGCGAGCAAGGCUACCCCGGCGGCAAAUUCUUCGACCCAUUGGGGCUUGCCGGAAGUAUUCAGAACGGGGUUCACGUGCCUGAUUAUGACAAGCUGGAGAGACUCAAGCUUGCUGAGAUUAAGCAUGCGAGAGGAAAGACACCGCUUGGUGCUCUUGGGUUGUAA